GAAACAUCGUCUUGCAGCUCACCUGAACCCUCUUGCCUUGACAACAUGUGUUGUAACUACUACGGCAACUCCUGUGGCUACGGCUGUGGAAAGAGCUACAGCUGUGGGUUCAGCCCCUAUUAUGGCUGUGGAUAUGGAACCAGAUAUGGCUGUGGAUACGGCUCAGGAUACGGCUGUGGAUAUGGGACAGGAUAUGGCUGUGGAUUUGGCCCCUAUUAUGGCUAUGGCUACGGAACCAGAUAUGGCUGUGGAUAUGGCUCUGGCUAUGGCAGCUACUGGCCAGUUUGCUACAGGAGAUGUUAUUCUUCUUGCUUCUAGAACAUCAUCAUCUAAGCCCUUUUUGCUUCUGAGAUGAAACAGCUAGGCUAAUGCUGAUUCAAGGAUUUAUAACCCAAGAUUUACACUUGCAAGAAAUCACAUGCCUGACAGAGGCUUUGACCUGCAAAUACCCACUUUAGAUUGGCAUCUUUUAGCCCUGAAGCUUCUUGGUAGUAUCUCUGACUCUUUUGCAAAUGUUAGUCUUUAUUCUCUGAUUCUCUGUUACGACUGUAUUGAUGAUCCUAACAAAAUCACUUGUUCUCAAUAAAAAUGGUUCAUUGUUUCUCUCAAAUCUCUGUGUACUUGCUUGGGAAUUAGUCU